ACUCUAUAGUUUAUACCUUUAGUGUUUAUAUAAUAUACUGUUUAUAGUUUAUACUUAACUACUGUAGUAUUUGUCAUUUAGUUCUGAGUAAUUAUUAAAAAUAAGUUUACCUACUUGAUAUAUUUUCAAGGUAAGAAUUGUAACCUGUGUAUUUAUACUUUAUAGUGAUUGAAUAACACUUAAUCGUGCGUAUUGAAAUAUUUGACAUAACUCAUAAAAUAUCAAAAUGACGUUUUGCAUGGCUGUUAGUGAAACAACUGUUGUAGUGUCUUCAAUAGAUGUUGAUAAAUGUUUUGUGUAUUCGCUAGACAGUGGAAAUGUUAAAAAUCUCACCGAAAGUUUGGGUGAAGCGUAUAAAAACAUUCCAAUCAACAACCACGACUUGCAAAAAGCAUGUGCGGCAUUUUCAGCUGAUGGCACACUAUUUGCUUACAACCCGAACAAAGGUAAACUUCUAAGCAUCUGGAACACCGAAAACUGGACAUUAGUUGAAAACAAAACACUAGCAAAACAUGCAACAAACAUCAUUUUUACUCCAAAAACUAAUGUUAUUAUUGUCGGUGAUAAAAAAGGUGAUGUUUAUGCAUUUGAAGAACUCCCUGUCCGUAUCCUGGGUCAUUCGUCUAUGAUCCUUGAUAUUUGUAUUAGUGAUAAUGAAAAGUAUAUAGUUACAUGUGACAAUGAUGAAAAAGUACGAGUUUCACAUUAUCCAAAUGGUAAAAACAUUGUCUAUUACAUGAUGGGACAUGAAGCAUAUGUUAGUGGAAUUUGUUUAUUGAACAAUUUUAUUUUAUCUGGCUCUGGUGACAGUACUCUGCGUUUGUGGGACUUCAAUAAAGGCAAUCUUCUUGAUAAACUAACUCUUCAUACUCCAAUUCAAAGCGUUAUUGAAAUUAAAGACUUAGCCGCUAUUCAAUUAUAUAAUUCUAAAGAUGUACAUAUAAUUAAAACAGAAAAAAAUGAUAACAAAUGGAAUAUUAAAAAUAUUAAAACUAUUCAAUUUGAAAGCAAUGUUUUGGAUUUAGCAGCAUAUGGUAAUCAACUGUGGAUUUUAACAGUUAACUCUGUUUAUAAGUACACUAUUGAUGCUAGUAAUGAAAUUAUUUUAAAAAUCGAGGAUGCUGAUAUGACACAUAUAUUUGAAACAUUAAGUAAUUUAAUUAAAUCCUUUGUAUGCUUGGAAAAAACUGAUUUGAUGAAUUUUCUUUAUAAUAAAAUGAUUGAUAGACAAAAGAGAACUGAACAAUAUAAACAAAAAAGUAAUACUCCAGUAUUACACCAAACAAAAAAACUUAGAACUGAAGUUAAUUUAUAAUAUUUAAAUGAUAUGUUUUUUUUUAUACUGUAAGACUGUUAAUAGUUUUUAUAUUU